CAAUAUUUCAGAGAAGAAGCUUCGCUGAGUUGUCUCUCUUCUUACUCUGUAUUUCUUCAAAUGGCUGUCUUCCUUAAGAUGUCUGUUUUUCUGAGCUACUUUGUGGGUCUUGUAAUGGUGGGUCUGGUUAGCUCAGCAAAAUUUGAUGAGCUUUUCCAACCAAGCUGGGCUAUGGAUCACUUUAUCUAUGAAGGAGAGCUUCUUAAGCUCAAACUGGAUAACUAUUCUGGGGCUGGGUUUGCAUCAAAAAGCAAGUACAUGUUUGGGAAAAUCACCAUUCAGAUUAAGCUUGUGGAGGGUGACUCGGCUGGGACUGUCACUGCGUUCUAUAUGUCAUCGGACGGUCCAAACCACAAUGAGUUUGAUUUUGAGUUCUUGGGGAACACCACAGGGGAGCCAUACCUUGUCCAGACAAAUGUGUAUGUCAAUGGUGUGGGCAACAGAGAGCAGAGAUUGAACCUUUGGUUCGAUCCUACCAAUGACUUCCACUCCUACUCUAUUUUGUGGAACCAGCGUCAAGUUGUGUUUUUGGUGGAUGAGACACCAGUAAGAGUGCACACCAAUAUGGAAAACAAAGGAAUCCCUUUCCCUAAGGACCAAGCCAUGGGAGUGUACAGCUCCAUAUGGAAUGCCGAUGACUGGGCCACGCAGGGCGGACGGGUCAAGACUGACUGGACCCACUCACCCUUCAUUGCUACCUACAAGGGUUUUGAGAUUGAUGCCUGUGAGAGCCCGGUGUCAAUGGCUGCAGCAGACACUGCCAAGAAAUGCAGUAGUGGUGGUGAGAGGAGGUACUGGUGGGAUGAACCAACGAUGUCUGAAUUAAGUCUGCACCAAAGCCACCAGCUUCUCUGGGUUAGGGCUAACCACAUGGUCUAUGACUACUGCACUGACGCUACAAGGUUCCCAGUCAAGCCAGUGGAGUGCGAGCACCACCGCCACUAGCAGUGGAGAGAUGAUGGACGGAAAAGGGGUUUUGGGUGCUUUGUAAAGAAAAUGAUCUUUGGUCAUAAAGCAUGCGCUCCAUGUUUCAUAUUUUGUUUCCAACUCUAGUUUCAUCAUUGUAUGGAAGAUAAUUUCAUAGAUUACUAAUGUUAAUUAUUAUUAUUGUUAUUAUUAGUUUAGAAUUUCUGUUUAGA